AUGACGCCUGUGGUAGUCGUUCAGUGUAGUGUACAACGGUUUACCCGUGCCUUAGACAUUUUGGUCCGAAAACCACAUGCCUCCCAAAAGAAAUUGGCCGGCUGCACCCUGACUAGUCUGUCUAUUUAUCAAGACCAACCAAAAUCUGUCAAAAGCGUCUCUGAGGUAUUCGAUGAGGCCUAUGGCGAAAUUCGUCGCCGUCUGGUGUUCCGCAAAAUAUCGUCCGAGGCCCAACAAACGGAUUAUGACGAGACAAUUAAAUGGAUUCAUCCUUCCGAGCAAUCCAUGACCAUCUCUUUCCAUUGUGAUCAUCAUGAGUUUUUGAUUCAAUACCUGGACUCUCAAAUCAGUUUCCACGUUGUUAAGGGACCCAAGGACGCCAUACGCCACAAUUAUGUAGACCCCUUAGUGAAAUGGUGCCAAGGUGUAGAGGAAAUCACACCUUCGCCUACAUCCAACCGAUUGGUAGAUUUGGCCAAAUAUCGAGACAAAUAUUGCCAAUUGAAGGACAAGCAUGCACCCAACAUCAUAAAAAUUUGGACCGAGAGCACAGAUCCGGAAAAGUUUGUUCACGAGGACUUAGCCUUGGCUGCUUACAUCAUUCUUCUGUGGGAGCAAGAUGAUCUCCCUAAGGAGCAAAUUAGGUUCAUGGAUUUAGGUUGUGGGAAUGGACUAUUGGUCUACAUUCUGACUGUGGAAGGUUACGAUGGAACGGGUGUAGACAUUCGGCAACGAAAAAUUUGGGACUCAUUCAAGCCAAAGGUUGAUUUACAAGUCUCGACUGUUCAUCCCUCAGCAACAACGACUUUUCCCAAGUACACGUGGUUGAUCGGGAAUCAUUCCGACGAGCUGACUCCUUGGAUCCCGGUGAUGGCGGCUCUGACUUCUCACCAGACAAGAUUCUUCGUUUUACCAUGCUGUCCUUUUGAGUUCCACAGGAAAUUUGUGAGACGAAAUCCAAAGGCUUCGAUCUAUCGUGACUACCUCGACUAUGUUAAAGAGGUGGGCGAAAAAUGCGGCUUUGUAAUGGAGGAAGAUCGACUCAAAAUACCCUCAACUAAAAGAAUCUGCUUUAUUGGACGCCAACGAGUAAACCUAAAAGAAACAAGACCGGAGAUUCUGCAGGCCAUACACGAUUUAAACUCCACAUCACAGUCACAAGGUCAAUGCGAGAAGAAUGACCUAGUACAUGCCAAACGAGCCAGGCUGGAUUUUGUGCCACGCUCCAGUGAAAUUGCCGUCCACAAUUGUACGCAACUUCCAAAAGAGUUGAUCACGGACGUGAUUAAGUUGGUCGUAUCCGAGUGCUUGAAGACUCAAAAUCUUCUCAUGGACCAUUCUAAAUUCUCCAAUCUAAAAGACGAGUCCUUGUUACCUACGAAAGAAUGGAACAUGGGUGGAACUCUAAGCUUGUCGGAAAUUGCUGCAUUAAUUUCAUACGAACAACUUCAAGCCAUGAAAAAUGAAUGUGGUGGUCUCCAGACGUUGAUCCGGAACCACAACUUCAUUUUUAUUGUGGAUAAGGGUCAGGUACGUCUGCGAUGUCACGCAUUAGAUCCACCCUGGGCUGGAAAACGGCACUCUAAAGGAUCGAAAUCAAAUGUGGGAACAACGGCUACCCAUCUUACCAAGAAGACUCGUUUGUGUUGGUUCUUCGAGAAUCAUCCGCAGGGUUGCUCCGUGAGCGCCGAUAAAUGUCUUUGGGCCCAUGGGAAACACGAUCUGGCGGCCAUGACAACUCGCAACGACUGACCAAUAACGUCAUGUGUGGACAGUCUAGAUUCUUUAUUGGUUGAAAAUCUAAGAAAAAUAAUCGAACCUAUGGCAUCAAUUAUAUUGAAGAAAAAAAAAAGAUUGAUAUCACA